AUGCUGGGAACAGCUCGUGGUGUUUCAUUACGUUUGGGGAAAAUAAACCUGGCAGCCUUGGACUCCGGUUUACACAGCCGGGAUGGUUAUCUGAAAGCUAGACGAAAGCGAGAAAAAGGUCGGCAUAAAAUUACGACCAAGAAUUAUGUUCAUAUUGAGGUCCGGUUGAGUUACACUCCGGCAUGGGAUAUAUUCCCAACCCACCCAAAGCCAAUUAUACCAUCCAUGACCAUAUACAUACACACACAUAUACCCUUCACUUCGCAGCGUUUCGAACACAUUGGACUACCAUGCCUCAGUCACUAUGAAAACUAA